GGUUCCGCAAAAAUUGCUCAGGCCACGACAUAAAAUCUCUUGACUUCCCGACCAGGAGCAAAUCACUUUACUUUCUUAUACCUGGACAACAAUGCCUCAAUACAAAUACACCGUCGCAAUGAGCUGCUCUGGCUGCUCCAAUGCUGUGAACCGCGCACUCAACAAGCUCGAGGGUGUUGAAAAGGUUGAUAUCGAUCUUGAAAAGCAACUUGUUGUCGUCGACGCAACGGUUCCCCAAGAAAAAGUCCUUGAAACUAUCACCAAGACUGGCAAAGCUGUAACCCCUAUCGCUUAAAUUUAAUUGUAUAGCCCGUUUUCUUCCCUUUAUUGCUGUGAGCAUUAAAAGCACCUGAUG